UGCUCGCGCAGCGGCUACUUCUACUCGGCGUUCGUGGAGGGCCGCUGCGGGGACCCCCAGCUCGUGUCGCUGCCGGGCGUCACGUGCGACGCGCUCGCCGUGCUGCUCGACUUCAUGUACACGGGGGAGCUGCCCCAGCGCGCCGUGGCCACCGCCGCCGUGUCGCGCGACCUCGUGGCGGCCGCCCGCCACCUCCGUGUCCACGGCGUGGCGCAGGCGUGCGCGCGCCUCCUCAAGGAGAGCUUGUUGGAUCCUCCCGACCUGAAGCCCAGCAAAGAGGACCAGGGGGCGAAUCUCUACGCGCACCACCUGCAGCAAUUCAUCUACUCCCUUCACAACACCACCACCUCCUCUUCAUCCUCACCCUCAUCCUCAUCAUCAUUAUCGUCGUCAUCGUCAUCCUCGCCGUCAUCCACUCCGUCCCCCUUCUCCGUCUACUCUCAGCUGGGCAACCCCUGCCAGUUUAACGCCUUCUCGCCGUUCUUCCACCGUGCCGCCGUCGCCGGCUACAAGCUGUCGCCCUUCUGCUACGCGGGGCCUCGGGGUGCCGAGCCGCUGUGGUGGCCCCUGGCGGCCCACGGGGCCUGCUCCCAGCACCCCCAGCAGCAGUGGGAUUCGCACGCGGCGGUCAAAUCGGAGGGCGCCGACGCCAAAGGCACCCGCUCACCGGCCGGGCCUGUGGGAGAGGCGGAGGAAGGAGACCGCGGUGGGCACGACACGCAGCGCGUCAUCGACAUGAGCGUGGGUGGGGGGGAGCAGCGGCGCCAGCGGGCGGACACGCCGUCGCCCCGCCGCCAAGCGGACGGGCCCGUCGCCGCCGAAGCCCCGGAGGGCCCGGCCCGCCGGGACGGCGACGGUGGCGCCGCUCGGGAGCCGAGCGAUGGGGCCGGCCAAGCGGCCGCCGUGGCCGGGCAGCAGGAACGAGCGCCCUGCAGCUACUGGAAGAAGCACAAGCUGAGGAGCUGCAUGGCGCUCAUCUCACGCGAAGACCGCGACGGAGGCGAGGACGCCGGCGGUCGAGAUGGGGAAGGCCCCUUGGCGGGGAACGGCGGAGUGGCGCGGGGCAGCACGGGGCGGCAGAGGGACGGAGAGGAGGUGGCGGAGGAGGGGGCUGCAGCACCUUCGGGCGGCGCAAACGGGAGCUGCAGCCCCUACCCGUGCCUCCCGCGCCGGGAGGAGUACGUGGCGACGGCGACGGCGACAGCACAGGAGGGGAGAUCGUGCGAGGAGAUGUCGGAGGCCGGCACGGGCCCCCGCGGUGAGCAGAGGGUGUACCGGUGUGACACGUGCGACGCCGAGUUCCGCCACAAGGGGAACCUGACGAGUCACCGUGCCGUGCACACGGGCGAGAAGCCGUACCCCUGUGACGUGUGCGGCGCUCGAUUCAACCGCCCGGCCAACCUCAAGACGCACGCGCGCAUCCACUCGGGCGAGAAGCCCUACCGCUGCGACUCAUGCGGAGCACGGUUUGUCCAGGUGGCUCACCUGCGGGCCCACGUGCUGAUCCACACGGGGGAGAAGCCGUACCCGUGCGGGACGUGCGGAACGCGCUUCCGCCACCUGCAAACGCUCAAGAGUCACAUCCGCAUCCACACGGGGGAGAAGCCCUACCACUGCGAGACGUGCAACGUGCACUUUCGGCACAAGAGCCAGCUCCGGCUGCACAUGCGGCAGAAGCACGGUGCCGUCACCAACACCAAGACGCGCUACGGCCUGCUGCCACCACCGCCGCCGCCGUCCUGCAGCCUGCCUCCCGCAUAGGGCAACCGGGCGCACGCGUACACGCCCGUGAGCACGCCAACGACAACAGCGGCAGCAGUUCGCCACGAAGUGGCGGUGAUGUCACCAAGGCGCCUGUACCUUCCGAGGCCAAGUGAA